AUGGCUGUGCACAAUGCCUCCAGGAAUUUCUCUUGCAGUCCUAUCCUGACACCCCACUUAACCAGGCUGUACUUCGUAGUGCUCAUUGGAGGACUGGUGGGUGUCAUCUGCAUUUUGUUCCUGCUGGUGAAAAUGAACACCCGGUCUGUGACCACCACAGCAGUUGUGAACUUGGUCGUGGUCCACAGCGUUUUUCUGCUGACGGUGCCUUUCCGCUUGACUUACCUUAUCAAGGGGACGUGGACGUUCGGGCUGCCGUUCUGCAAAUUUGUGAGUGCCAUGCUGCAUAUACACAUGUACCUCACAUUCCUCUUCUAUGUGGUGAUCCUGGUCACCAGGUACCUCGUCUUCUUCAAGCAGAAGGACAAAGUGGAAUUCUACAGAAAACUGCAUGCUGUGGCUGCCAGCACCGGCUUGUGGCUGCUGGUGAUUGUCAUUAUGGUGCCCCUGGUUGCUUCUCAUUACGGAACUCAUGGGAAUUACAGCGAGCAGCACUGUUUUGUGUUUCACAAAGAACUUGCUCGUGUGUACGUGCAGGUCAUCAACUAUAUGGUAGUCGCUGCGGUCAUAGCCAUCGCGGUGAUUCUCUUGGUCUUUCAGAGCUUCAUCAUUCUGUCCAUGGCACGGAGGCUACGCCACUCCUUGCUGUCCCACCAGGAGUUCUGGGCUCAACUGAAAAACCUAUUUUUUAUAGGGGUCAUCCUAAUUUGUUUUCUUCCCUACCAGUUCUUUAGGAUCUAUUACCUAAUAGUUGUGGCCAACUCACAUGACUGUAACAACAAUGUUGCAUUUUACAAUGAAAUCUUCUUGAGUGUAACAGCAAUUAGCUGCUGUGAUUUGCUACUCUUCGUUUUUGGGGGAAACCAUUGGUUGAAGCAAAAAAUAAUUGACCUAUGGAAUUGCCUUUUGUGCCGUUAG